AAAAGCUUCGAGUUUUGAACUCCAACGGUCCCCAAGGCUAUGGAGUUUCCUCAAUUCUUUGAGUCAUGCUAGCAAACCGCACCUCCCCCCAGUUGUACAAAGCCCUCAAGAAACCUUCACUACAAAUCUUUAGCACUUUGGUUUUUGCUACUCAAACCAACUUGUCAAAAACCAAAACUGAAACCAAUAAGUUCCUCGUUUACUGCAACUCCCAGAUAACGAAACAUGGCCGAGACGGCAAUAUCAAAGAGGCCGAAUCAGUUUUCAACCGAAUGCCCACAAGAAAUGUUGUUUCGUACACUGCAAUGCUCACAGCUUAUGCUCAAAAUGGUCAGCUCAAGAGAGCUCGCGAACUAUUCGAUGAAAUGCCUGAACGAACUAUCGCAUCGUGGAAUGCCAUGAUCACAGCUUAUACGAGAAGCAAAGGUGGUAUCUUUGAAGGGUUUCGAUUGUUUGUGAAAAUGCCCGAGCGGAAUGAGGUAUCUUGUGCUGCUAUGAUCACGGGGUUUGUGAAUUCAGGGAGGUUUGAUGAGGCUGAAAAAUUGUAUAAUGAGACACCAUUAGAACUGCGAGACCCGUCUUGUUCGAAUGUGUUGAUAAAUGGGUACUUGAAAAUGGGGAGAUUGGAUGAGGCAACUCAGAUUUUUGAUAGGAUGAUGAAGAAGGAUGUUGUAUCCUGGAGCUCAAUGGUGGAUGGGUAUUGUAAGAAUGACAGAGUUGAUGAGGCUAGAGAGUUUUUUGAUGCAAUAUGGGAGAGGAACGAGGUUACCUGGAGUUCCAUGAUUAAUGGCUAUAUGAAACUGGGACGUUUCAGAGACGGACUUGGAUUGUUUUCUGAAAUGCGAAGGGAAGAUGCUGUGAGAAUCGAACCUAUAUUAGUCACCACAAUUUUUGAAGCUUGUGGGAGAUUUGACAGAUAUACCGAAGGGUGUCAAGUUCACGGUCUAGUUUCACAGUUAGGAUUUGAGUUUGAUGUUUUUCUGGGAAACUCAUUAAUUACCAUGUAUUCUAGAUUUCGUUGUAUGGAUGUGGCUCGAAGUGUGUUUGACAUGAUGUUAGAAAAAGAUAUAGUCUCUUGGAAUUCUCUCAUUUCUGGUUAUAUUCAAAAUAAAGACCUUGAGGAGGCAUAUGGACUAUUUGAGAAGGCACCUGAGAAAGACGUAGUUUCCUGGACAACCAUGAUUACUGGCUAUUCUGAGGAAGGAUUGACUGAAAAAUGCAUUGGGUUGUUCACAAUGAUGCCAGAGAAAGACGCUAUUGCCUGGACUGCUCUUAUUUCAGGGUUUGUUAUUAAUGGACAAUAUGAGGAAGCUAUCUGUUCGUUCUUUCAGAUGCUUCAGACUGCAGUGAGACCAAAUCCUCUGACCUUAAGUAGUGCUCUUAGUGCUUCAGCUGGUUUGGCAACAUUAAAUCAGGGUACACAAAUACAUGCUCAGGUUAUUAAGAGGAACAUGGAGUCUGAUUUAUCCAUUCAAAAUACCCUUGUCUCAUUUUAUUCAAAAUGUGGAAAUGUAGAUGAUGCCUACCGGAUCUUCAAUUCCAUUAUGGCACCUAACAUUGUUUCUUUCAAUUCUAUGAUUUCUGGAUUUGCCCAAAAUGGUUUUGGAAAGGAAGCACUUAAGUUGUUUGAGAAGUCACAGAGCAGGGGCUACGAACCUACUGAAAUUACCUUUCUCGGUGUUCUUUCAGCCUGUACGCAUGUAGGACUCGUAGAAGAAGGAAGGAACUACUUUAGGUUGAUGAAAUCUCUAUAUAAGAUUGAACCUGGACCUGAUCAUUAUGCCUGCAUGGUUGAUCUCCUUGGAAGGUCAGGUUUGCUUGAUGAUGCUGUAACCUUCAUCAAUUCAAUGCCAUUUGUGCCCGACUCUGGGGUAUGGGGUGCUCUUCUUGCUGCAAGCAGGACUCGCUUCCGCGUUGAUCUCGCGAUGCUUGCGGCCGAAAAUAUUUCUAAGCUGGAACCAAACAAUGCAGCGCCGUAUGUGGUCUUAUCAGACAUGUAUUCUUUUGCAGGGAAGAAAAAAGAUGAAGAAAGAGUUAGAACGGCCAAGAAAUUGCAAGGAAUAAAAAAAAGUCCUGGGUGUAGCUGGAUUACUGUUAAGAACAAGGUUAAUACAUUCCUUUCGGGGGAUCAGUCCCAUGCCAGUUUUAAAGGAAUCAAAUGUAUAUUAUGUUUGAUCCUGGAUGAGAUGAAAGAAUUACACUGGCUUGAUCAUGAUUGGUUACCACCUUAGCAAAGUAUAACAAUUAACAAAAUUGACAAUCUUGUACGUUUUAUGGAAGUCCUUUGGUUGGUUUUCCAUGCUUCUAU